AUGCGGAACCCAAAGCCAAACGACCCUCCAGCACAAAUCGCUGGAGUAAUUCCGUCCAAGGACUCCGAGCUCGAGGGAGUUGUAACGGAAGAUCGAUAUCAAGAGAUGAUGGCUCCCCCACCACCAGCUCGGCCAGACCCCAGCCGUUCAUGCCUGGAGGUCCGCGGAGGCCGGAGAGCGGUGUUGAAUGUCUGCCGUUGUUUGUACACGGCCUUGUUCGGGAACGGGCUCGCUGUUCCUCACCAACACAAUAUAACACAGCAAUUCAAACUUAUAUUUUUACGAGCCGGCAGCGUUAUUCUGUGUCGUUCUUUAAAUUAA